UUUGUGAAUAACUUCUGUUCAGCCCAGUGCGUGGUAGUAGCCAGGAACAGAUCUAAAUGCGCAGCAACAUAAUGCAAUUCCAUGGGGAGUACACUCUUUUUUCCUGUGAUGAAAUUUCAACCACACACAGUGAGUGAGUGAGUGAGAGUCUGGUUGAGCCUAAUUUAAAUUUCACAAUACACCUACUUGUUCAAUUGAUAAAUUUUAUUUACUAGUUCAAUUCAAAAUUCAAUUCAAAUUUAAAUUUAAAUUCAAUUCCUUUCAAAUUUACUGAUAGUUUAAAUUUAAUAUCAUUAGUGAUGUCUCAAACUAUUCAGGCAUUGAAUCCUGAUUAUGUGUUCUCCAUAUCUUAUCCUCUUCAAAAUGAGAGAGGUACCCCUGAUCAUGAAGCAAAAAGCAAUCUUAAAAAUUUAAUUACUACUUUAUAUAAUUUUGGAUUUUCAGUUCAAAUUAGAAAUGGUUCAGUUAAUCCUCCAACUCUUUUAGUAUUUAUUAAAUUAUCUCCUUAUAAAUAUGUUGAAUAUGCUGAAAAGGAUUUAAUUCAAAAUUAUGAAUUUGGAGUAACUAAUAAUAGUAAUUCAAAAUCUGAUAGAUUAAGAAUUAUUUAUCAUUAUUUAAUUACUCCAGUUAAAUUUGGUGGAGUAGGUAUUACUCCAAAUAAAGGUAAUUGGUCAUUUAUAAAAGCAAUUAUUCCAAUUACAGAUUCUUUUAAUGAUACAAGUUUUACUGAAGAUAUUCAAAGUCAUCUUUUAAGUAUUGAAUUAUUAUCAACUAAUGUUAUUAAAGAAAAAUUUGGAAUUCAAAUCUCUCUUUAUUUUGAAUUCUUAAAAUUUUAUUUAUUUGCUUUAGCAAUUUUAGCAGUAUUAGGUUUUACAUCUUAUUUAAAAUCAGGUAAAACUUAUCUGUUAACUUAUUCAUUUAUAAAUUUAGUAUGGGGAGUUUUAUUUAUAACUUUUUGGAAUAGAAAACAACAAUAUCUUGUUAAUUUUUGGGGAGUUCAAAAUUCUCAUUUAAUUGAAGAAUAUAAUUCAAAAUUAGCUCAAGUUAAUGAAAAAUUCGAACAACAUUCAUCUUAUCAACAUAAAGAUAAUGGUGAUGCUUAUAGAUUUAUUAAACAAUUAGUUUUUAUUCCAAUUGCUCUUUUUUUUACUAUUGUUUUAGUAUCUUAUCAAUUGGCUUGUUUUGUAAUUGAAAUCUUUUUAACUGAUAUUUAUGAUGGUCCUGGUAAAUCAUUAUUAACUUUAAUUCCAACUAUUUUAUUAUCAGUAUUUGUUCCAAUUUUAACUAUUAUUUUUAAUUUAGUAUCAGAUAAAUUAAUUAAUUGGGAAGAUCAUGAUAAUAUUUAUAGUCAAGAUCAAUCAAUAUUAAUUAAAACUUUUGUUUUAAACUUUUUAACAAGUUAUAUUCCAUUAUUAAUUACUUCAUUUAUUUAUUUACCAUUUGCUCAUUUAAUUAAACCUCAAUUAGGUUAUAUUAAAGAAACUCUUGCUCAUAAUAUUGGUGAACAUAGAUUUUAUUAUAAAUAUUUAAUUCAAUUAAAGAGACAAGAAGAUUUUAAAAUUAAUCAAGAAAGAUUAAAUGCUCAAUUCUUUUAUUUUAUUGUAACUAAUUCUAUUGUUCAAUUAUUUUUAAAAUAUGGUUUACCAAUUAUUUUACAAUUUAUAUUUGGAUAUAUUAAACAAUAUUUAAAUAAAUCAAAAGAUGGUGAAUCAAGUAAGAAAUUAGAAAUUAAAGAUAAUGAAAAGGAAGGUGCUUGGUUAGAUAAUGUUAGAAAAGCAGUUGAAUUACCUGAAUAUAAUGUUAAUGAUGAUUUUAGAGGUUUAAUUACUCAAUUUGGUUAUCUUAUUAUGUUUGGAUCAGUAUGGACUUUGGCACCAAUUUUUGCAAUUAUUUUUAAUAUAAUUACCUUUAAAUUAGAUAUUUUUAAAUUAUCUAAUGGUAAAUAUUUUAGACCACCAAUCCCAACUAGAGUUGAUUCAAUUCAUCCUUGGAAUUAUGCUUUAUUCCUUUUAACUUGGUUAGGUUCAAUUAUUUCACCUUUAGUAACUGCAUUUUAUCGUCAUGGUACUGCUCCACCAAAGAAAUUGGGAUCUUUUACUUUUGAUAAUGCUAGCAUUAAUAUUUCUUCAAGUCUUGAAUUAUUAUUAAUUUUAUUGGCUUCGGAACAUGUAUUUUUAAUUGCCUAUAAUAUUUUUGCCAAAUUUUCUGAUUUGUAUAAAUCUCAAGUUGAAUGGGAUAAUGAUUUUGUUGAAAAUGACCUUAAAUUAAGACAUGAUUAUUAUUCUGGAAAAGUCAAACCUCAUUAUAGUCCAGAAAUAAAUGAUCCAUGGGCUGGAUUUUCACAACAAGCUAAUCUUGAUACAAUUAGUAAAUUUCCAAUUAUUCCAAUUGUUGCUUUGCCAAUUAGUGCCUCUAGUAGUACUGCUAGUGGUAUCACAAAUCAAUCAACUCCUAUUACCACUAUUCCUGAAAAUAAAAAUGGAUUUCUGACUUCAGCUCAGCCAAGUGUAACCAAAGCCACUACUCGUAUAAGUAAACCAAUUUCAAAUACUGUUGAGGCAAUUAAAGAACAACCUGAAAUUAUUGGUAGUAAAGAAGAAUUAGAGAAGGUUAAAGAUUCAAGUGAUAAAAUCAUUGUAUCUAAAAAUAGUGAAAAUAAACCUCAAUAUACUACGAUUGAUACAAAGAAACAUAUUUUACCUGAAGAUGUUGUUGCUGCCUCAAAAGCUGUAAAAGAUGCCGUUGAAGAUCCAUCAGUUAAAAGUGCUACUGCAGCUAAAGAUGCUGGUGCUAAAGUAAUUUCUGGUAUAACUGGAAAUUCUACAUCAGUUGAUGAUGAUGAAGCUGAUGUUUCAAGAGCUGACACUACUUUCCAAACUGUAGAUAGUGAUUAUAGUGAUUCCAUUAAAAAUGUGAAGAGAAGUGUGAAGGAUACUGCUGAUUCAGUUAGCUCAAUUAGUGAUAAAUCCAGAAAGAAAUCAUCAUCUAUCAAGAAGUUAUUUAAGAGUAGUAGUAAGAAGUGAAGAAGGGUAGUAACAAUUGAGCAUUUUUAAAUUGAACUAUCUAAUUAUCAAAUAAAAUUAAAUUACAUUACAAAUAAAAAUUACAAAUAAAAAUAAAAAUUACAAGUAAAACUAAAAUGUACA